AGUUAGCAAAUCUUCAAGUUGAAAGUCAAUAAAAUGGAUGACUUUGAUUCGUUUGGUUUAGCCUUAAUACUACAUACAGUAAAAUCAAAGCAUGCCUUAAAUAAGAAAGAUGGGCUUCGAGAGUACUCAUCAACUUGGGAGCUUAUUCGAUCAAGCCCAAAGACAUAAUCAAGUGAUAUCACACUAUGCUUUACAAUCCCUAUGCAAAAUGAUGACUCAAUGGACAGAUGGUGUCGCUAUCGAAGAUUUUGACUAUAGAAACCCAUUUUUGCUUGUAACAUACAAGAAAGAUGGAUAGAAGAUGGAGUCUUCAAGGCAUGACUGCUCUUGUAACCGGUGCAGCCACUGGAAUCGGGUAUGCCGUAGUAGAGGAGUUAGCUGGUUUUGGAGCUAGAAUCCAUGUAUGUGACAUAUCUGAAGCUAAGCUUAAUCAAAGUUUAAGAGAAUGGGAAAAGAAAGGGUUUCAAGUGAGUGGUUCCUUAUGUGAUGUAUCAUCUCGUCCAGAGAGAGAAAAGCUGAUUCAAACUGUCUCCUCACUUUUCCAAGGCAAACUCAACAUUUUUGUUAAUAACGUUGGUGUACUUCGUGGAAAGCAAACAACAGAGUAUACGGGAGACGAUUUCGAUUUCCAUAUCUCAACAAACUUGGAAGCUGCUUACCAUUUUUGUCAACUUUCACAUCCUCUCUUAAAGAGUUCAGGCUAUGGAAGUAUCAUCUUUGUUUCCUCAGUUGCAGGGGUUUUAUCUUUUGCCGUUGGAUCCAUUUAUGGUCUAACAAAAGGAGCUCUGAAUCAGUUAGCAAGAAACUUGGCAUGUGAAUGGGCAAAAGAUGGCAUAAGAGCUAAUGCUGUUGCGCCUAAUAUCAUCAAGACUCCUUCAGCUGAACCUUAUCUUGAAGACAUCGGUUUCAAGGAGGGAUUGUUCAGUAGAACUCCACUCGGUCGGGCUGGAGAACCAAGAGAGGUUGCAUCAUUAGUGGUCUUCUUGUGUCUACCAGCUGCUUCUUAUAUUACCGGCCAAACAAUUUGUGUUGAUGGUGGUCUCACUGUUAAUGGUUUCUCCUAUCAGCCACAAGUUUGAUAAUGAUCUUUUCAAGUUUUGUCUGUUUAAGAGUUCUCUCUAAUAAAAACUCUCACAUUAUAAGAGCCUAUGUUGAGUUUAUCUCCCUUGUAGAGAGUUUACUUAAGUUAUUGUUAUAAGAGACUAAAUCUAUAUCAAAGAGUAAUCAAACCAUGACAACUAAACAA